AUAUAAAGUCCUUAAGAUGUUUUUGACCAGAUCGGAGUACGACAGGUAAGACUUGGAACUCCGUCUCGUCAUGACACCACUGUCAACAGGCUAGCUAACGUUACAGUAGCUAUCUAGCCACAAUGGCAUAGCUUGCCCAAAUAUUUUUAUAACUAAACCAUAAUAUGUGGCUUGCCCGUACGACAACACAGGUUAACUCGCCAUCUAUAAGCUAACUAGUUUAGCUUAGUUGGCUAACAGUAGGUGGUUCGUGCACUUGUUGUGCAUGGUAAACAUUUGCGUGUAUGAAUCCUUCUUUACCGGUGUAGUGGCAUGCUGGCUAAUGUUGGGAAACUAGCUAGCUACAAAAUGUAUUUCACUCAGCUAAUUUGAAAUGUUCAUGCUCCACAGUCUGGUGUAUUUUGUACUAAGAAAUUAGCUACCUCACUACCUCCAUUCUCCUAGAAAGCACUAACUAACAUGCUAAAAACAUUGUAUGGCUGGCUACAUUCUUAACUUUACUGACAGAAUAGCUAGGUGUUGGAACUUUAGGACACUAAAUCAUCUCAUCUUUUUUCAGAGGAGUAAACACAUUUUCUCCAGAGGGACGACUGUUCCAAGUGGAAUAUGCUAUUGAGGCUAUUAAGGUAUUAUCAAAACAUGAUGCAAUAUCACAAGAACACGGAAAAUAGGCAACGGCGCGUCAUCUCUAUAUAUUACUAUCUAACAAGAUUUUGAACACACUCCUGUUCUCUCACAGCUGGGCUCCACAGCCAUUGGCAUCCAGACAUCUGAGGGGGUGUGUCUGGCCGUGGAGAAGAGGAUCACGUCUCCUCUGAUGGAGCCCAGCAGCAUCGAGAAGAUCGUGGAGAUCGACACCCAUAUCGGUAAGCAGCCAGAGCAGGGACAACUCACUAGGCAGGGACAGACACUGUCAAACAACACACAGAAGUGAACGCUCAUAUUAGAGCUCAGGUUGUUUUAGAAGUUACAUGACCUGCCCCUGGUCUAUGGAGUAAACCAAGUGUUCAGUCAUUCUUCCUGGGGAAAUUAAGGUAACUAGAUGAAGCGGUUAGUCAGAUUUAUUUUGAUAGGCUUUUUGUAUCCGACAUUAUUGUUGAGAUGAGCAUUCCACUUUGUUCAAAAGAGGCCUUGUAUAGGACAUGUUUCAGACAGUCUGAUAUUAUUCAAAGUUGUUUGAACUUUUCACCUAAUGCUGUCUAUCUCCACUCCUGAAAGGUUGUGCUAUGAGUGGCUUGAUAGCUGAUGCCAAGACUCUUAUCGACAAAGCAAGAGUGGAGACACAGGUAUGUGCAAGUCACGUGUCAAACUCAUUCCACGGAGGCCAGAGUGUCUGCAGGUUUUCACUCCUCCCUUGUACUUGAUUGAUGAAUUACGGUCACUAAUUAGUAAAGAACUCCCCUCACCUGGUUGUCUAGGUCUUAUUUGAAAGGAAAAACCAGCAGACACUAGGCCCUCCAUGGAAUAAGUUUGAUACCCCUGGUGCAAGUGAUGAGUGAGCUGAAUUCAAGUACAAGGGUGCGUUCAGUUCGCUUGAACGUUUGCUACGUUGCAGAACGGUUUGUACUGAACAACACGUUUUCCCAAAGCUUUCUUGUACGUUCUUGAAAAGACUGAAAUAUAUUUGCUCCGUUCGGUGGGUGUGCCCGGGUGUGGCUUGAAGCAAUGAGUGAUGUAUUUAAGAGCAGUGGUGCAUUUUGAACCCACAACCCAACCCCUCACGGUUUUUCAACUGGUCGUUCAGUACAGCACCGUUUCUGUUCAAUUGAACAUUCUAUUAAGUUUUGAUAUAUAACUCAGCCCUGGUACAUAUUCAACCUUAACAUUCCUACACUGUUGGGGCGAAAAUGAACAGCUGACAAAUGUUUGCACUUAUGAGAUGCACACUACAACUACUGUCGUCAUAGUUCCUCAACUACAUAAUAUGUAUGGCAUUUUAGUUCCUUGCUUUUUAACCCUACUCUGUUUGUCCCCUUCCAGAACCACUGGUUCACCUACAACGAGACCAUGACAGUGGAGAGUGUGACCCAGGCCGUGUCUAACUUGGCCCUGCAGUUUGGAGAGGAGGACGCAGACCCUGGAGCCAUGGUUAGUAGAGGGGACAAAAUCCUGCGCUCAGACCAAUUUAAUGAUCAUUCAUCAAUGUUGAAAGCACUUUUUCAGUUAUCACUUAUUUCUCCUACCGCUGUGAGUUGUCACACUGUAGUCAUUCCCUGUGGUUCUUUCCCCUCAGAGCCGACCCUUCGGUGUAGCGCUUCUCUUUGGAGGACUGGACGAGAAAGGGCCCCAGCUGUGUGUUACGUUUAUUUUUAACAUUUUUAUAUGAUAUAAUUGGUUUGUGCUAAAUCUCUCACGCCUCACUUUUAAUCAAGAACCUGUGCUGAUUUUUCAUCAGCAAAUAUAAAAACCAAAUCUGCAGUCUUCAUCAGUUAGAAAACUACACCCCCUGAUCUUCCAACUUUUGUGUGUGUAGGUACCACAUGGAUCCGUCGGGCACCUUUGUCCAGUGUGAUGCACGGGCCAUCGGCUCUGCCUCUGAGGGAGCCCAGAGCUCUCUGCAGGAGGUCUACCACAAGGUACCACGACCCCCCUCCUCUCCUAACCACCAUCCUCUCCUGUCACUUUCCACUCCAUCACCCACCAACCUUCUCCUUCAUUACUUCCUUCUUCCCUCCAUAACCCACCAUUCCUUUUUCUUCUUCCUCUCCCACCAUAACUCCACCAGGUUGCUAGUCCACGUUUCACACAGUUUCCAUCCUGUCACAAGCUCUUUAUUAACCAUGACCUCUGUUUUCUAACCCUGGCUGUCCUCUCCAGUCCAUGACGUUAAAAGACGCCAUCAAGUCUUCCCUCACCAUCCUAAAGCAGGUGAUGGAGGAGAAGCUGAAUGCCACCAACAUCGAGGUGUGACUCUUGCUUUUGACCAGUUCUUGGCCUACCAAUAUUGGAAUAUUGUUCACACACAUCUUUGGGUGCUUUGUCGCUGAGAAAUUCAGGUCUGCUCAGCCUCAGUCCUGGAGGGACUAAUAUUCCUGUUUUACUGCUGUGCCAGCUAUCGUUAGGGUGAUGGACAGCAAUGAACCACAACAUAUCACAUACGUGUUUGUGUGCUAACCUGCUUUCCCCUCUCUCAGUUGGCCACAAUAGAGCCAGGCAAGACCUUCCACAUGUACUCCAAAGAAGAGCUGGAGGAUGUUAUCAAGGACAUC